GGCGGUAACGUGCGGGAACGUCACUGUGACCUCACCAAGAUGGCGGCGCCCGUUGGCAGUUACAGCCGGUUCGUUUCCGUUUCUAGAAAAAUAGGAAGUUUGCUAUUUAAUUCAGUUUGCAUCGCCCAGGCGGCGGCGUGUGGUACCAACAUGGACUCUGUGGGGCCAACCAAGCUGGAGUUCGCCGUGCAGAUGACAUGUGAGAGCUGCGCAGUUAAAGUCCGAGCUGCUCUGGAGGGUGAACCAGGAGUGAAGUCCGUCAGUGUCGACGUCGGUAAGGAGGAGGUGUUGGUGGAUUCCACUCUGACCAGUGCGGAGGUGCAGGCUCUGAUAGAGAGCACCGGACGCAGGGCCGUGCUGAAAGGCAUGGGAGGAUCAGAGCGAGACCUGGGUUCAGCAGUGGCCAUGCUGGCUGGUGUUGGGAAGAUCCAGGGGGUGGUGCGUUUCCUGCAGCUGUCUGAGCAGCGUUGCUUGAUCGAUGGGACCAUUGAUGGGCUGGAGCCGGGACCCCACGGCCUCCAUGUCCACGCCCUGGGGGACCUCACAUUGGACUGCCUCAGUUGUGGAGAGCACUAUAACCCCUUGGGUCAACAACACGGCGGUCCAGGGGACUCUGAAAGGCAUGUAGGUGAUCUGGGAAAUAUUGUUGCUGCACCAGAUGGCAGAGCCUCAUUCAGACAAGAGGACAGUCAGCUAAAGGUGUGGGAUGUGAUUGGCCGAUCGCUGGUGGUGGACGCCGGGGAGGACGACCUGGGUCGAGGCGCUCACCCUCUCUCCAAACAGACUGGGAACUCUGGGGAAAGACUGGCCUGUGGGAUCAUCGCCCGAUCAGCAGGUCUUUUCCAAAAUCCCAAACAGAUCUGUGCCUGUGACGGGGUCACGCUGUGGGAGGAGAGAGACAGGCCAAUAGCUGGCAUAGGUCGAAGCAAGGCCAACGCAGAGAUCCCGGCAGCACACCUCUGAAGCGCGGACACACAAACGGCGGCCACAUCUUCACCUGUGUUGGACGCUUUGAACAGAACGGGAACAUUGGAGAGAAAUGCAGAGGACAUUUGACGACAAAGGGUCAAAGCUGAAGCGAGGGGAAACAAAGAGCUCUGAGGAAUCCUUUCCUCACAGCUGCACGACCAAAGAAAAAUGGCUUUAUUUUCUUUUCCUUCUUUCUUUGUAAUAAAAUCAAAUCGUGUUGCGGUCGCACUUAGUGUCCUCUGAGGAUUUUAAAAGCAGAUUAAAACCACUUGGGAGUUUGUGAAAGUCACCUCUGACACAACUGUCUCAUCACUGUCUAACUUGAUGUACUGCCUGCGCUUCAGUGUGGCAUUAAAAUGUCUAAGUUAAUUAUGGAACAGGAGUAGUAAUGAUUUGGUUUAAAAAGUGUCACAAAGCCGUCCGACUGCACAGAAUACGUCUCAACCUAAAUCAGUUGUGACGCCGAGUGGGAUUGAGAAACAAAAGGGCCAAAAAGGCAACAGAAAGGUCCAAAUAAAUAGCUUAAAGUAAGGUUUAUAAACAUCAACAAUUCCAGGUUCCAUGUUCAGCUGUGGAUCUUGAAACAUUACAUGAAAGGAGUGUCUUUUGGCACUUUUCAAAGAAUAUGGUUUGGGAAUCUGUGCCACUGCAUUAGUGUGUUCAUUUUAAAUCCAUAAGGUGGUGUGAGUGACUUGUGUAAGAGAGAUUCGAAAGAGCUCGGGAGAAUUGUGUGUUCAGCUGUUUUUUUUUUUUCAACAUGGAGUUUGAGGGUACAGUUACUUCAUCGUUCUUUUCCGCAGCCAACUUGAGAUUCAUACAGGACACUGAGAAAGUUCUGCUUCUGAUCCUCCAUUGUCUUCUCUUGUCACGCAAAUUGUACAUUAUGAGUGAAGUAUAAUAUAAUAAUGUAAAAAAAAAACAUCUACCUGCUGGCACUUGUUGAUAUCCUCUUGAUGAAGACAUCAAUAUUGGGACAGUGUGUGUGUGUGUGUGUGCACUGUAUUGGCCAUAUGAGAGUGUGUAGCAAGUUUUGCAUUGAUUUUGCAAAUUGAGCAUCUGUCUUGUCCUGGUGAUGCAUGAAUAGGCUUAUUGAAUUUUCCUCCAAAUGUUCAGUCGGUGGUGUCCUUUUCACUUUGUGUCUGUGAACGCAGCUUGGAUGUAGGGCUGCCAUCAAUGUUUGUUCAUAUGAUCGAUUCAUGUGUGGAUUAUUAACUAUUUAGGCUAUAAAAUGGCAGAAAACUGUGGAAAUGUGCUAAUUUCUCAGAGACCAAAGUAAUGUGUUUGCCAAUGCUGAUGCAUUUAGAAUCUGUGUGUCAUACAAAGCCUGCAUUAGCAGUCAUUUUUGCUCUUGAUCUGUCCUCUGUGGUUAAGCAAAACGUGUCAUUUGUUUCAUGGCACAUAAUGAGCUCUUUAAUUGAACUCGCACUCCCUUUGGAGCUGUACCCUGUGGCUUUGAGGCCGCCUUUAUAUUCUUCCAGUUGCUUUUGAUAAAUUAAACAGGCUUAUAUACUUGG